AUGAAUCGAAAAUGGAAUUUCGUCCGUUUCAUUGCUUUAAUCAUUGCACAGAUCAAUCCUAAAAGUGCCGUUUCCAACACAGCGUCGCUCACAAGUAAUAAACCACGUAAUCCGAUGGUUCAAACCUUUAAUAUCAACAACUGGGGUUUCGAAGACGCUGAUCGUAAACUUUUGAGUGAGAUCAAAUACAAAGUCGACUCCCUGUAUGAAAAAUCAGCCACAACAGGUAAAUAAUUUUCUUUCAUCGGGGGCACCCAAAGACAGUUUCUUCCUAAAUACAUUGAAAACACUUUUUAGGCUAUCCAGAGUACUUUUAAGAGCUGUAGAAAUUUAUUUUAAGUGACGCUAUAAAAUUUGUAUCUGCUCGGCCAUCCUCGGGCAACCAGAGUCUUUUCGGGGGCUUGAGGGCUUGAGUAUAAUUUUCCCGAAAAUCUUAGAUGCAAUUUGACGUAUUACGAAAGUGAGACAUUUUCUGAUUACUCUCUCCAUCCCAUUUUUGAAUCCGAAAAUUUUAGGUUUCCCUUUUUCUCAUAAAAAUAGCCUAACUUGGGAAGUAAGUGUGAAAAUUAAACUUCAGAAAAUCGUAGGGGAUUUAUUAGAUAAGCUUCGAAAAUUGUACAUUAAUGGAACAGUUAACGAACAAUUUUUAGUCGUCCUCAAGUAAUAGAAAAUUAUUGGCAAUAUUUGCUUCUCCGAACAGAUAUUUUAAAGGAAACAGUCGUUGGGUACCCCUGUUGCAUUAGCCGUCGGCUUUUAGUUUUUCAAAUCGGACAGUGGCUGACACUCACGAGGCUUAUUGUUUUAUCGCUAAAAACUGAAUAAUCUAUAAUAUGACCCAAUAAUUUUCAGUUUGUCCGCAAGACGGAUGGGUUCACUACGGAAACUUCAGUUACCUCGUCAUCGACAUUCCAACACUGAAAUGGAGCGAUGCUAGACGAACAUGUGAGAUACUUGGAGGAGACCUUGCAAUCGUAAGAUCCGCUGCUGAGAAUAACUUUAUAUUUGACUUGAUCAAAAAACAGAAAACAAUCACGAAUUGGGGUGUUUGGCUCGGUUUGGUUCGCAAAGCCGACACUAAGUUCUACUGGAUUGAUGACACCCCUAUGGCGAACGGAUACACGGCUUGGUUAACUGGAAAACCUGAUAGCGUCAGCCAAAAGUGCGCGCACAUGUAUGGUACAGGAGGCGGAGCGGGCAAAUGGGACGACGUAUACUGUGAUAACAGUCCAUCGUAUUUCACGUCUUCCCCUGUUAUUCUUUGCAAGAAAAACAAAUCACUAAAUGGCUCACGUCCAUAAGGCAGCAUAAGAUUCAAAGUCUAGUAUAAAUAUGAAAUACUCAAAUUAAGGUGAAAUGAAUUCUUAUAUUAGACUGAUAAGAGAAUAAAGGGC